AUAGUAAGUUUGUAAACUCUAUCCAAUAAUUUUACAUUGGUACUUUUACAACAACAAUAAUAUCAACACUAAUAAUAAACAUAAUUAAACUUUAUAAUAAACAAUAAUAAUAUUUAAAAUAUUUAUUUAAUUAAACUAUAAAAUAAAAGUGACAUGGAUUAUAUUACUAAUAAUAAUAAACGUGAUAGAAAUUUCCGCUACCGUAAAUGGGCCGUACAAUCGGCCAGUGGGUUUACUAUGGUUGCCGGUAUCAUAUUGGUUACCCUAACUGUUCAAUAUGUUAAUUCAAGUUACAAACUAAAUCCACAUAGCUACAAUAAUUUAGAAAAGGUACGCAAUCUGGCACUGGGUGUCGGUAUAUCGGCAAUACUUAUACAAUUGAUUGGCCAGUUGGGUGCCUAUAGGGAACAUUAUUUUACAUGCCUUGUCUAUGGUAUAACACUUAUUAUACUAUUUCCAUUGAGUAUACUAUCGUGUUUUUGGACCGAUUUCGGUAUCGAUUGGUUACUAUCGGUACUGUAUUUAGUUUGUACGGUCAAUGCCCUGAUAUUUGCACGUAUAUUGCGCCGAUUGCGCAAUCAUCAGCUUAGUAUACCCGUACAGUUUGGCCAACGUUUGGACACUACUACUACUACUACCAACUCGGCAGCCGUAGUGAUGGCCGAGACUGUACUCAGUCAACCAUAUUUAGCACCGGGUGGUGUUGGUCAUCAACAACAACAGUACCCAAUCGGUUAUACCAAUCAAACAGUAUAUGCGGCACCGGUACCGGCAUCAUCACCAUUGCCACUACAAACAAACAGUGGACAGUUGUAUCAGUACGAGAAAACAGUAGUAUUUCCUGAACCUGGACAUCAAUACCAGCAACAACUACAAGGUAUGGGCGCCGCCGAUGAAGUAGUAGUAGCAGAGGAACCGCCAUCGUAUGCCGAGUCACAAGUUAUGGCCAGUAGUAGUAGUGGUAGUACUAGUGGUAGUAUACCCGUAAGUUUGGAUACCCGGGAUCAUUAUCGACACCAAUCAGGGAGGCAUUGAAUACGAGUAUACCAUCCAUACAUC